CUUCUCUUCCUCUCUAGGCUCUAGCACACGCACAUGAUGAACUCGAGGGUGGCGAUGGCCGCGUGGUGGGUUUGUGGACUCCUCCCGCUUCUGCUGCUGGCGGUGGCCGCGGAUGGGGACUCGGAGCCGCUGAUCCGGCUGCCGACGGAGAACGGGCAUGCCCCUGCCCCUGCGCCUGGCCCUGCCGCGUCAGCGCCGGAGGAAGGGGUGACGAAGUGGGCCGUGCUCGUUGCGGGCUCCUCCGGCUACGAGAACUACCGGCACCAGGCCGAUGUAUGUCACGCGUACCAGAUCCUGAAGAAGGGAGGACUCAAGGAUGAGAACAUUGUGGUUUUUAUGUACGACGAUAUCGCCAACAGCCCUGAAAACCCAAGGCGUGGGGUCGUCAUCAACCAUCCUAAAGGCAAAGAUGUUUACCAUGGUGUUCCCAAGGAUUACACCGGUGAGCACGUCACUGCUAAAAACUUGUAUGCGGUUCUCUUGGGGAACAAAACUGCGGUCACCGGAGGGAGUAGGAAGGUGAUAAACAGCAAACCGAAUGAUCACAUCUUCAUCUACUACACGGAUCAUGGGGGUGCUGGUUCACUUGGUAUGCCCAACGUGCCGUUUGUUUAUGCUGGCGACUUCAUCAAAGUGUUACGGCAAAAGCAUGCUUCCAAAAGCUAUUCGAAAAUGAUCAUAUAUGUUGAAGCGUGUGAGAGUGGCAGCAUCUUUGAGGGUUUAAUGCCACAAGAUCACAAUAUUUAUGUUACAACAGCAGCAAAUGCGGAAGAAAGUAGCUGGGCAGCAUACUGCCCUGGGAUGGAAGUACCACCUCCUUCUGAAUACAAGACCUGUUUAGGUGACGCAUACAGUGUGUCUUGGAUGGAAGACAGUGAAACGCACAAUCUGAAGAAGGAAAGCAUCAAGCAGCAGUACGAGGUGGUUAAAGCGAGAACGGCACCCCCAAACGAGUCCAGUAUUGGCUCUCAUGUCAUGGAGUAUGGUGACAAGACAUUCAAGGGUGACAUGCUUUUCCUCUAUCAAGGUUUCGAUCCUGCAAAGUCAUACUCCAGUUAUUUCAGGCAGCGUUUGCCCAGCCUCAAGGGUGCAAUCAAUCAAAGAGAUGCCGACAUUCUUUUCAUGUGGAAGAAGUAUGAGCAGUUAAAUGGUGGAUCAGAGGAGAAGCAGAGGGCUCUCACGGAGAUCAAAGAAACUGUGCUACACAGGAAGCAUCUCGACAGCAGUAUCGAUUUCAUCGGGAAGCUUGUCUUUGGAUUCGAAAAGGGUCCUUCAGUGCUUGACGCUGCUAGAGGCUCUGGCCAGCCAUUGGUCGACGAUUGGGAUUGUCUGAAGACGAUGGUGCGAAUUUUCGAGUCUCAGUGCGGAUCACUCACUCAGUAUGGCAUGAAGCACAUGAGGGCGUUCGCCAACAUAUGCAACAAUGGCGUCUCCGAGGCCGAGAUGAAGGAGGCAAGCAUCAGCGCUUGCGACGAUUACGACAUGGGGAAGUGGAGCCCGCUGGUUCGAGGGCACAGCGCCUGAUCCGCUGCACUGCAGUACAUGGGAGCUGUACGCCUGUACCAAAUGCUCCAGAGGUUCCUAGCUAGACCUCAUAUAUGGUGUACAUACAAACAUACAUAAUACAUUGGUAUACGUACAAGAAAACACCCAACAAUGGCGCCCCAUGUGGUGUUGGGUUAAUCAGUAGUUUAUGAUCGUGCUCGUGCCUUUGUAAAUCAAAUUUUACUGCAAUCAAUUGAAAGGCAAUGAUUAUUAUGUAGCAAAAGUGUGUGAAUGUCUU